AUGGACUUCCUUUCCAAGCAUCUCGACUGCCUGUCUAAUUGGCACCGUCACCUGCAGCCUGGAUGGCAGACUGUCGGCGCCUCCGUCCUCCUGGCUGCUGGUGGCUUGUUCGUCGUCUCUCGCGCCUUGCUCUUCGUCAGGGUGCUCUUGAGCUUGUUUGUGCUUCCUGGUAAGCCGCUCCGCUCUUUCGGCCCCAAGGGUAGCUGGGCCGUGGUGACGGGUGCCUCGGAUGGCCUGGGCAAGGAAUUCGCCAUCCAACUGGCCCGCGCCGACUUCAACAUCGUGCUUGUCUCCCGCACCGCAUCCAAGCUCGAUGCGCUCCGCGACGAGCUCAAAUCGAAGUACCCCACCGUGCAGACCCGGACCCUAGCGAUGGACUUCGCCCGCAACCAGGAUAACGACUACGAGAAGCUGAAGGAGCUCGUGGCUGAGCUGGAUGUGGCGGUGCUGGUCAACAACGUGGGCAAGAGCCACAACAUCCCCACGCCGUUCGCGCUGACGCCGGAGGACGAGCUCGCGGACAUCGUGACCAUCAACUGCCUGGGCACCCUGCGCGCGACGCAGCUAAUCGUGCCCGGCAUGAUCCAGCGCAAGCGUGGCCUGAUCCUGACCAUGGGCUCUUUCGGCGGACUCCUCCCGACCCCGCUCCUGGCCACCUACUCCGGCAGCAAGGCCUUCCUGCAGCAGUGGUCGACCUCGCUCGGCGCGGAGCUGGAGCAGCACGGCAUCACCGUCGAGCUGGUCCAGGCGUACCUGAUCACUUCCGCGAUGUCCAAGAUCCGCCGCACCAGCGCCACGAUCCCCGACCCGCGCACGUUCGUCAAAUCGGUGCUCUCCAAGAUCGGCCGCAAUGGAGGUUCCCCGACCUACGCGUACAGCUCCUCGCCUUACUGGAGCCACGGCUUGAUGGCUUACUUUCUGACGUGUGUCACCGGCACCAUGGGCAAGUUCGUGGUCGGCAAGAACAUGGGCAUGCAUGAGGCUAUUCGCAAGCGCGCGCUGCGCAAGGCUGAGCGGGAGAAGGGGAAGAAGAGCACUUAA